CUCACAACAACCGGCGCAGCUCCUCCAACUGCAGCUCCGCAGCCACAAGUGUCCCGACUGUUGUUCUCGUAGCUGUUGGACGCGUCCCGUCCAGACUGGGUUGAAAGGUGAAUGCUUUUUUCCAGUUUAUCUCUGCAUGGACACAACUGGACAGUCAAAGAACGACUUCGUCAAGCCGAAAACGGAAGCGGCUCGCUGGUUUUGAAGUGGAUAUCACAUGAACAGCACAAAGGACAACGUCCCGUAAUGGGAUCUGACUGUUAAGUUGAGCAGAGGUUCCUCCAUAAAGCUCCGGCAGACCUCCGGAAAACGCUGGGGCUGUUUAAAAGGUACCCUGCUGCAACAGGGAUGAUCACAUCCCGUACGAAUGGUUAUGUUCAAGAGGCUGCAGCUCCGGCGCUGAGCCACAGGGAGAGGGCUGUGGACUGUCCGGGGCAGGGAGGUAGCCUCACCAAAUCCCCACACUGCGGCGCCCACAUGGAGAGGAUCCAGCAUUAUCAGGAGGAGCUGAGGAAGCGGAGGCAGGAGGACAGCAAGGGGAAGCACGACAUCGAUCCCAACGCCUCGCUGAGGCUCAAGAAGCUGUCGCAGAACCCGAAGAUCGGCAUCGACAACCCUACGUUCGAUGGGAAGGAAAAGGCCGCCAAAGAAGGGGGCUCCCUGGAUCCUGUGGUCGAACUGGAGGAGCUGCUGCAAGUUCUGAAGUGGGUCCAGCACUGCUUGACCGACUCCCAGAGCCAGCAGGAUGUGGACGCCAUAAUGCAUCUCCUGGCCAAGGAGGAAUUCAGGAAUGCCUACACGAUCUACAGCGUUGUGUCCCAGCAGAUGAGCAGAGUCAGUCCCACCUCUCCUCUAACACUACAAGCACAGGAUCUCUGCCAGGAGGUUCAGCGGAUCCUCCAGAAGAGCCAGCAGAAGGAGGGCCUGGAGCUCAGCACGCUGCUCACCAAUCCCCAUCUCCAGGCGCUGAUGCAGGCUCAUGACAGCGUAGCCGUGCAGGAGACCGCAGAGGAAAGCGUGACCCAGUACCUCGGAGAGACGGUCAAAUUAGUGCGGCUACAGAAGGCCAGAGACACUCCUCUGGGGGCGACGGUGCGUAACGACAUGGACAACGUGGUGGUGAGUCGUGUCGUGAAAGGCGGAGCAGCGGAACGUAGCGGACUCCUCAGCGAGGGAGACGAGAUCCUGGAAAUCAACGGGAUUCCUAUUCGUGGAAAACACAUCAACGAAGUCCAUGAUCUACUGCAAGACAUGCAGGGAACCCUGACCUUCCUCCUCAUCCCGAGCUCACACAAUAAACCUGCUCCUCACAGACACACUGUGAUGCAUGUGCGAGCCUACUUUGACUACGAUCCCUCCGAUGACCCCUUCGUGCCGUGUCGGGAGCUGGGACUGUCCUUCCAGAAAGGAGAUAUACUCCAUGUUAUUAGCCAGGAUGACCCCAACUGGUGGCAGGCGUACAGGGAUGGAGACGAGGACAACCAGCCUCUUGCUGGCCUCAUUCCUGGUAAAAGCUUCCAGCAACAGAGAGAGAGCCUGAAGAAAACCACGCCAGAAAAGAGUCGCGAACAGCAAGGGAAGGUUUGGUGUUCAAAGAAAAGUAAGAAACUGAGGAGAAAGACCACAUCAACCUUGAACAGAAACAAUGACUAUGACGACAUCCUGACCUACGAGGAAAUGUCCCUCUACCACCAGCCGGCUAACCGAAAACGCCCCAUAGCUCUGGUCGGUCCCGCCAACAGCGGCCACGACGAGCUGCGGCGGAGACUCUUGUCCAUAGAGCCGGAGAAGUUUGCCGUCGCUGUUCCACACACGACCAGAAACCCAAGGAUACAUGAGCAAAAUGGACGCGAGUACCAUUUUGUCAGUCGCUCGUCCUUUGAGACAGACUUGGCUGCAGGAAAGUUCAUUGAAUCAGGGGAGUAUGAGAAAAACCUGUACGGCACCAGCACAGACUCUAUCCGACACGUCGUCAACUCUGGACGCAUCUGUUUGCUAUGCCUUCACACAAGGUCUCUGCCGGUACUAAGGUCCUCCAACCUCAAACCGUACGUGGUCUUCAUUGCUCCUCCUUCUCAAGAACGACUGCGCACUCUGCUGGCCACAGAGGGAAAAACACUAAAGCCAGAGGAGCUGAAGGAGGUCACGGAAAAAGCCCGUGAGAUGGAGCUAAAUUACAGCCACUUCUUCGAUGCAACCAUCAUUAACUUUGAUCCAGACCAGGCGUUCCAGGAGCUGCGGAGACUGAUAGAUAAACUGGACACGGAGCCGCAGUGGGUGCCAACGUCUUGGCUCUGCUAGAGGCUGCAGUGUCCCGACACGAAGAGUCUCAGGGAAUGAGAUGUGAAACGAAAAAGAAGAGACGGACAGUAUUAAGGUGGCGAUGGAUUUUUCACUUGCACAUUUUCCUUUUUUUGGAGCUUAAUUGUUACAGGAUGGACACAAGUGUAUUUGUUGUUUGUCUUUUGUGGAUGACUUUCCUCUAUUUUUCGAUGGCUGUUUGGUAUUAGUUUUAUCCAAAAAUGUUUGUUUUCCAGAUAGAUAUAUUUCUAUCCUAUUUCUUAUAGUUAUUUAUAAUUGUAAAUAUAUAUUUUUAGACAAGAGUUGAAAUACUUUAUUGUUACAGCUGGGCGUGCCACACCAGAAAUGGCACAUUUGACAAGUUUUUGAAAGGCAUCCUGAUCAACAGGCAACGACCUGAGUUGUAGAUUUAAUGGAUUUAGUGUAAAUUCUUCCACUCAGAGCAAGAACCCUGCUGUAGAUGUCGCAGUAUCAGUAUUGUGUCUCAUUUGCCUUGCAAAAGCAUUUAUACUUCUUGUGCUUUUUACCGUUUAGUCACAUUAGAACCACGAAUGCAAAUGAAUAUAUUUGGGGUUUAUGCUAUGGAUCAACACAAAUUAGUGAAUAACUAUCAAAUACAAGAAAAAGGAUACGUGGUUAUCAAACCUGUUUAGACACAAAUUGGCUGUAAGUCCUUUGUAGAAAGUCUGCAUAUCUAGGGACUGAUUCAUUUGGUUCAUUCUUAUUUGCAAAAAAACAAAAACCUUCAUGGUCAGAUAGAUUAAAUAGAGAUUCCUUUAAACAUACAUUUUCACGUCUUGUCACAGAUUCUCAAUUGUACUUAGCUCUGUAUGUGUUAAUAUACUUUUCAUCUAAAGGUUAAACUGCUUCCUAGUCUUAUAGGGGAAAAAUCCUGCUUUUCACCUUUAAAUCGUUCAGUUGUGGUCUAUUUAAAGUGGAACUGCAAUGCUUUGGUCUGAAUCCCUCGUCGAUUUCCUCCCCACGUUCCCCCUUUUUACCCAUAUUCUGGGAUGCGUCGCAGAGCAACUCGUUUUGGUGCUGUCCCUUUAAAUCUAAAGGGGGCGCUUCACACCCAGGUCACUGAGCGGUCCAUCUCACCCCGGUCAGCCAUUUUUGUAGUAUGCUGUUCUAUGCAACCAAACAUUCUUGACUUAUCCACUUGUAGCUUCAAAAUCCUUCAGCUUGGAUUACAAAAUUGCUCAGAGAAAUAAAAAUGAGGGAUUCGCAAGACUGAAAAGCUGGAAAUCUAUUACCUUGUUUAGCAGCUCCGCAGCAGAUACUGUGAUGUAAUUGUUAAAAAAAAAAAAUAGAAAAUAGAGCCAACUGAAUGGCUAAGGAUUUCUACACAGCUCCUGGAGAGACUACAUAAAAAUGUUCUGCAUUCCUUAAGACUCUAAUAACACAACAAAAUGUAUUUUAAGGGCUUAAAAAGUAGAUUAUAUAUUUAAUUCUUUUGCAGCAUUUAAACAGGUUUUCCUCCAGGAUCAACCUCUGCUAUCCCCAGCCAUCUGGUUCCCCUGGUCCUGCUGAAGAAAAUCCCCCCUCAGAGCAUGACGCUGCCACCAUCAUGUUUUACCGUUGGGAUGCCAUGUUCAGGGUGGUGUGUAGAGUUAGUUUUCUGUCAAAAGUCACUAAAAACUUCAAUAUUGGUCUCAUCUGACCAUGGAAUCUUCCUAGAUGUCCGUUGUCCCCUCACCUAAAACAAGACUUCCUUUUAUGACACAUAAAAUUCCAAUGAAAUACACUGAGGCUCAUUUGUAACAAAAUGUGUAAAAAAGUUUUAAGGGGUAUGAAUGCCUUUGCCUGGCGCCGUAUACUUCAAUAACGCAAACUUCAGGCUGGUUGUUUCAUUAUCUUUGUAAUGCUGUGUAAUAAUGCCGAGGCGGCAUUUAUCUGUAUUAUACAAGUAUGACCUUAUUUUAUCGACUCUUAAAUGGUAAAACAUUGAGUAAUUCAUAAGCACAAUUAUGCAACAGUGUUAAUAAAUUCAGAUGUGACAA